CAACUCUCUCUCUCUCUCUUCAAAAAAAAAAAAAAAAAAGCUUUUUUGGGUUCUCCAAAGAAGGGCAAAUCCUCCAUAUCCUUUCUCUUGUUUUUGCCGUAUAGAUCGAGGAAGGAGAGGUUUUUAAAAAAAAAAAAAAAAAAAAAGUGGCUUAGUUUGAAGUGGAAAAGAGCCUUUUUUGAUCAAUUUGAAGGAGGUUUUAGAACAAAGUUGCUUAGUUUCUUUUUCUGGGUUCAGAGCUCACCUGAAUGGCACAACAUGCUCAUGUUCCUAAAUUUGGCAAUUGGGAAAACGAUGGUAAUGUUCCUUACACGCAAUAUUUCGACAAUGCGCGCAAGGGUCGAACAGGAGGGAAGCUAAUCAAUCCCAAUGAUCCUACCGAAAACCCAGAAGCAUUUUCUGCUGACAUACCAUCGAGGACCAGCGAAGAUGACCUCCGCCGUCAUGAUGCCACCGCUCAGAAACCUUCCGCAGGGUCGUCACUUCAUCGAAAAGCCGGCCAUGUAAGUGGUGGCCCCGAGCAGAGUAUUGAGCGAUCUCCCCUUCACCCCCGUCAGCAAGCGAGAGCCGCGAGCAAAGGCGGAGUGUCCUCCCCUUCUUGGGAAAGAAAAGAUUCGUCAGACGGUGCCCAGGGGCUCACUUCGGGCAGCGCCGGUAGAGCCAGGAUGAGGACGGGUGGCCGAGACGAUGAAACUCCUGAGAGAGGAGGAUCAUCUGUGCCGAAAUUCGGUGACUGGGACGAGAAGGAUCCUUCUUCGGCUGAUGGGUACACCCACAUAUUUAACAAAGUGAGGUUGGAGAAACAAUCUGGCUCGGGAAAUGCUCCGAACAUUGCCAACGACGCAGCGCAUCGUAAUGGCUCCCAAAGAGAUGGCAAUGAGCCUUCGAGCUGCUCGUGCUUCGGUUGGUGCAAGUGAUGGAUAUCUUCGAAGAACUACAUGAAGACCUGCAACUGUGUAUUGGAGGAUCUCUCCUUUUCCUGCCACUCUUGUUUAUCUGCAUUCUCUGAUGGUUGUUGUUGUUAUUAUUAUUAUUAUUAUUACUACUUUCAAAGAUGUCUGUGUGGAUAUAUUCUUUACAUAAUAUAUUUCUGCUUCAUUGUACCAAACACUUGUUUGAUAUGUAAAGAUGUCUUGAGAUAUUUAUUUUAUAUAUAA